GUAAAUUCGAGUUCGCAGGUGAUAUAUAUUUAUAUACAGGCAAUUGCAAAACAAUGCAGGAUGAGGAUUUCUUUUGUUAUUUUAAGCUGCCUGCACUUAAUGAAAAUAAGAGCACAACAAGAUGAAGAUAGGCCUUCAAGUAACUAUUUUGAUGGAAACCCUGAGCCAAUCUACUCUCUGAGACUAGCACAUGUUUUGUUCCGCCAUGGGGAUAGAAGUCCUACACAUGCAUAUGCAAAUGACAUUUAUAAUGAGACAGACUGGCCUCAAGGGUUUGGCCAGCUCUCUAUUACGGGAAUGCAGCAAGAGUAUCAGCUCGGAAUGUUUUUACGUGAUAGAUACAUGCAUUGUUAUGGACUAGAAGAUUUGGGAAUAGACUGUAAUGGGUUCCUUAGUCCAACUUACGAACGAAAUGAGAUGUAUGUGAGAAGUACAUCAUUUGACAGAACUUUAAUGAGUGUCUAUAAUGUCCUGUCCGCCUUGUACCCACCACAAGGAUCUGACCUAGAGGAGGAUAACCUUACUAUGCCAUACUUAUUUAAUGUUUGGCAGCCUAUUCCAGUCCAUACAAUGCCGAUUGAAGAAGAUUGUCUAUUAAGCACAGGGUCACUUUGUCCCCUCUUCAUUCAAGAGAAGGCCGCAUUUGAUGUCAGCCCUGAAUUAAAUGAAAUAAAGAAUAAAUUUAAUGAAUUAUUCAAAACAGUUUCUCAAUAUACAGGAGAGGAAAAUAGUUUAAAUGGCACUUUGCAGGUUAUUGACCCGCUGUAUUGUCAGAAAGUGAGCAAUUACCCUCUUCCUGAAUGGGUUACUGAUGACAUUUUUAUUGAAUUGCUGGAACUUCAGGAGGCACACACAGAAUUUUGGGUACCCAAAGAUAUUGCAUAUCUUAGUGGAGGACCUCUUGUAAAACAAAUGAUGGAACACAUGACAAAAAUGCAAGCAUUUCAAGAUGAUUCAUUACAGCAUCUGUUUAUAUACUCAGCACAUGACUCAACUGUUGUUUCGUUACUACAGACCCUGGAUUUGUUUAAUAACAAAAUGCCACAUUACACAGCUUGUGUUUUAGUGGAGCUGUUUGAUUCUGAUGAUGGUUUCUUUGUUCAAGUAUCAUACAGAAAUGAAACAGAUAGUGACCCUUACAUUCUUACUAUUGAUGGCUGUGAUGAAAUGUGCCCUUUAGACACUUUUCUAAGGAUAUAUAUGUCCCUGCAAACCCUUGAUAUUGAAAAGGCUUGUGCAAUGAAUUCCAGUGAACAAGUUCAUACAAGCCUAGUUUUACCAAUACUCAAUUUAAUUCUAGUAAUAUUUAUUUUGUUAGCCAUGAUUCUGUUUGUUAUUUUGAUCUUGUGUAUGCGCAAUAAGAGUCGAGACAGUGUUAAUUACAUGCCAGUGCCUACAGAAAUGACUGAAAUUGAACUAAGAUAACCCAUAUUUUUCAACACAAGUUAACUAGCGUAAUUCUUUUCUUUUAUCUUUAUUGUUUUGUUAUGACAAAGGCUCAAACAUACAAGUAUGCAUUAAUUUAUAGACACUGAAGUCUCAUUUCUAUUGCCUUUUCACAUUUUUAUGACAGUGUUUUUUUCACUUAUAAAGAAAUGGUGGCAGGUUAACUAGGGUCAUUUUAGCAAAAAUGGUAAUUAUACUAACAUGAUUCAUUUAAAGAAUUAUCUCCAUUUCUCUGAUCUAAUGUGUAUGUUUAUUAAUGCUAUUUUAGUUGAUUAAAAGAAGCCGGGUGAAUAGAAGCUUAAUAGAUAAAUAAGAUUUACUCUCAACAUUUGUUUUUUUAUAUGCAGGAAAAAUGAAGUUUUAGCUGCCACGUACAUAUAAUUUGUUAAUAUUUUGAUUUGCUUGUUUCUCAGAACUGACGCCGUGCAUUCUGCAGUGCUUAUGUUAGAUGUUGAUUUGUGCACUAUACUUGCAACAAUUGUAUUGUUUUUUUGUCUUAUUUCAUUUUUAGAAAUAUUAUGUAAUACAAUGUAAUA